AUGGACAAAAAACCGUGCAACUCAUCCCAAGAUCCUGAAGUAAGAAAGGGACCAUGGACUAUGGAAGAAGACUUGAUCUUGAUCAACUAUAUUGCAAAUCAUGGUGAAGGUGUCUGGAAUUCCUUGGCCAAAGCUGCUGGUCUUAAACGUACGGGAAAGAGUUGCCGACUCCGGUGGCUAAACUACCUUCGUCCUGAUGUUAUAAGAGGGAAUAUUACACCUGAAGAACAACUUUUGAUCAUGGAACUUCAUGCAAAAUGGGGAAACAGGUGGUCUAAAAUUGCAAAGCAUCUUCCCGGAAGAACUGACAAUGAGAUUAAGAACUUCUGGAGGACUAGGAUCCAAAAGCACAUUAAGCAAGCUGAGAACUUCCAACAGCAAAGUAAUUCAGAGAUAAAUAAUCAUCAAGCAAGCACUAGCCAAGUUCCGACCAUGGCAAAGUCCAUGGAGACAUAUACUCCACCCUUUUACCAAGGAAGUAAUUUGGAUUCAUUACCAACUCACUUUCCUAUAAUUAAUGAUCAGCCAAAUUGUUACACCAAUGACAAUAAUUAUUGGAGCAUGGAGGAUAUUUGGUCUAUGCAAUUAAUGUAA